UCGGGGCAAUCGUGGAUGACGAGCGACGACCCACGAACGGCGACCACGAACGACGACGACGACCCACGAACGGCGACGACCCAAGUGAAUCCUUACAUGGAAGACCACUCUCAGGUUGUGAACAUGAUGGUCGAUAGUGAGAAAGAUUGGACACCUUACAUGGACAUGGAAUUUGAUACACUUGAUGAGGCUUGGGAGCAUUGGUGCCAUUAUGGAAAACAAGUUGGAUUCUCGACAAGAAAGAGUUUUUUAAAUAGAAGCAAGUUAGAUGAAAAGGUUACAACAAGGGGAUUCGUAUGUUCUAAACAUGGUGUCCGUUUAGAAGACAAACGCAGGGUUCAUAACAGCCAUAGAGAUGAGACAAGAACGAAUUGUCAUGCAAGGCUACUUGUUCGAUUGAAACGAGAAAGUGGUAAGUAUGUAGUAUAUGAUUUUGUCGCUGAACAUACUCAUCAACUUCACCUUCCACAAACCAAGAGGUUUUAUGGAGUUGAACGCAAGGCGAAAAGCUACGAAGAAAAAGUCUUUUACACGUCAAGCUGCUCAGGAUCCUCGUAG